CUCGGCACCCAGCCCUACGCCUUCCGCCAGCCUGGUCUAUGUAUGGGCCUUUAAAGCAGUCAUCUCGGUCGCUGCUGCCGCGUCGACGUCUGCUGCCUCGACGGUGAAUGUACCCCACGCCAUGUCGCCGUCCAUGCACCGUCCCCCAGACCCCAUCUAUCAUUCAUUCACCACCGACCGGCGCAACCGCCGCGCAUUCCUUGUAGCCUUCGAUAGCGACAAUACCCACCACUAAUGAUAUGACGGGCCCGCGUCGGCGCCGUUCGUCACUCCCUCUGCAGGACCGCCUGGAGAAUGUCGUGGACGUUGAGGAUGCCGGGCGGCUGGUAGAAUGCGCCCAGAUAGACCGACAGCUGCAGUUCCAGUAUUUAGUCCGACGCUAUCUCUCCCAGAUACUUUAUGGCUGCACGAACGCCUAUUGCACUACGCCCACAUGCCUUACCUGCAACAAGCGCCUUGUCUCCCGACCCUACCGCGCACCAACACAGCUCACCGCGCGCGCCUUAGCCUACUACCUCGCCAGCCAAGAUAACCCACAUCGCGGGCUGUGCCCCCACCCGUUGAAGAUUGCGCCGCGCUCGUUACGGAUCGACGGCGCCCGGGGGGUUGGAUUCCGACAGGCACACGAUGGAGCGACACAGCUGUACAAUGUCUUGCCCGUGGCGCGGGGACUAGGAGCAUACACCGCUUUGAGCCAGCGCGACUCCAUCGACGAGCGUCUGGGCGACGGUGGAGAGCGCAAUCAAGUACAGAGCAUCUUAGAUGCGGUCAACAAGCGCCACCAGGCCAGGAAAGAUCCGAAGUCGCUCGGGCAGAGCCUUUACGACACCGUGACUAUGAUAUUCUCCUACUCAAAGCAAAUUCCCAGUCCGCAAACUAUCUUCGCCUCGCUCCGUUCUCCGUCAGAUAGCGAAGCGUCCGUUGAGUCCGCUAUGUACAAUAUGACAAUCAACGGGUCGAGGCCGCCUGCCCGUCGAGAGUCAUCGGACGCGGCAUUCACGGGUCACGCUAACGGUCAUGCUGUACCACCCACUGUGAAUGGAAGCUGUACACCAGCGGAAGCUCCCCCGCAUGAUCCACAUUCCAAUACGAAGACGCCUCGCAAAUCAAACAUGUUGCAUAUUAGCUCCGAAGUCUUAGCUAAUGGCGAACAAAUCCACAAAAUCAGGCACCCACUCCCCGAUUCCGCCAGCAACGGGCAUCCUUGGUUCAAGCCUCUUGGCCUUUCACCCCUUGAUGGCACGCUGGAGCACACCCUCAUAGGAAAGCACAAAAUGAGAUCGAAAGCCGCAAGCUUAGAUUUACAUCUGGCAUCCACAAUGAGCUUGUUGACUCCGACGUCUGCUGCGGCACCGAAAGAUGCGAGCAAAGCAUUAAAGUCAAAAGAAAAGCGCCCGACCUUGCCCGUAGUCGCCCACCUGACCUGCGACAUCAUGGAUCAACUAAAGGAGGAAGUUUACCACCAUCGCAACGACCAGUCUUCCGAUUUCAACUUUGUCAUCGACUACGAUACGAAUCGAAGGUAUCGGCCCACCAAACCAUUCGUUAACAGAUCCAUGUUCUUCGCUCUCAGCGAUCCAGAGGCACUGCUUAAAUCCUUUCAUGAUCAAUACGACGUCGAAUUCAAGAACUCGCCGCUGCCUCAUCUCGAUUCCAGACGUUUGACGUACGCGUUCAGAGACUGGAACCAGCGGAAUGGUGCGUUGAUCUUUGACAGCUUGUGGGCUUCUGUCGAAGCCUUGUUCAGGCCUCCACCUGAGCUAGACACCCAAAAGAGCCCGCGUCUGAAGCCCUCACGUAAAGAUGCUGCAAUGCAUAUGGGCCCGGAACACCAGCCCGCCUCGACCGCUUCACAAGCCGCACCCGGCCGUUAUCUUUCCGACCAAGAAGCUGCUCACAUAAUCAUGAUAUGCAUUCACGCACUGACGUCUUUGGUUCCUGUUGGAUGGACUCACACGUGGACACAACUACGCAAGUUCCGGUCAUGGGGCAUUGCUAUGCCAAAUGCGCCCCCGCAUACAGAUUCCACGGAUGCCUUCAUGGAUCCUUGGCUCAGUAUUAUCGACGAGCUGGAGUACGAGCCUGCUAUUCGCCUAGCGGACCGCUUACUCCGAGGCAUUGGCGCACGCAUAUGCUUUGAACACGUGCUUACAAGCUUGGGACAUGGAGUUAACUCAAGAGACAAAUUCGGCCCUCUAAUCGGGUCCAGCCCUCUACUAGGGGUCCUGAUCAGACACCUGAGAGAAGUCGAGCGGGUUGGUAUUGCUAGUAAGAAGAAAAUGAGAGUCAACAUCGAUACAGAGGAAGAUCCAGGCGGGACUACAACCGCUAUAUUCAUGGAGUGGCUGCGGACUAUAAUCAUCAAGAAGUGGGAUGGCAAACCUGAGAUCCACAAAUGGGGCAGCGUUGGUACCGCGAUAAUGCUUCUCGAGAGUUUCUAUCGGAACGGCCAAUCUCUUAAUCUGCGCCCACACAUGUUCUAUUUCCCAUACUUGAACGAACGCAUUGACAGCACUCAUGAGCCCGUCGAAUUCCUAAGCUGGGAGGAUCGCCCUAACUCGUUUCAUAUACUCCAACAUCCCUUUCUGUUCCCACGGGAAUACCUUGUGGGGUAUUUCCGCACGAUCAACUUCACCAGCAUGCUGCAACAAUUCGAGCGCACCGAACGCACUGCCAGGCUGGAGAGACAAAUGGAGUUCCUGUUGAGGGAGCCAUAUUGGUGGACGAUCCGAUCAGAGCUCAAAGUCGCGCUUAGCGAUUACCUCGUCCUGGACAUCAGCCGCGAAGACUCCCUCAGGCAGACGCUUGAUCAGUUGUGGAAACAACAGAAGCGCAUGCUCCUCAAACCACUUAAGGUGAGGAUGGGUAUGCAAGAAGGUGAAGUCGGAUUAGAUCAGGGCGGUGUUACCUACGAGUUCUUCCGCCUUGUUCUUAAUGAAGCGUUCAUGCCUGACAAAGGGAUGUUCACCAUCGACCCACAAGCAAGCAUAAUAUGGUUCCAACCUGCAUCCCUCGAGCCACUAUGGAAAUUCCGAAUGCUCGGCGUCCUUUUCUCUCUCGCCGUGUACAACGGAAUCACCCUUCCUGUCACCUUUCCGCUGAUUUUCUAUAAACACCUUCUCGGACCGGACCAUCCUCGUGCAUCUGGCAUUAAUCUUCGCGACCGGUUGACGACCGACGUCAUAUAUGAUGGGUGGCCGGCGCUGGCCAAAGCUCUGGACGAGCUGCUCGCGUGGAAAGACGGCGACGUGAAGGACAUCAUUAUGAGGGAGUACACUUUCAGCUUCGACGCAUUCGGUAGCAAGAUCGAUGUGGAUAUGCAAGCGUUUGACGGGCGGCCGUGGCCUGCAGAGUACGAAGAUGUGGCCGGACCGUCCAAACCGGCAACCUCGGGUUCAGUUCGCUCAUCCGAGAAGCAGCGUCUGGCCCUCAACGAUAUCGCAUGGCAACGACCGAGAGUCCCCCAUUCAGAAAGCAGCUCUAGCACAGAGACGCCUAUGGUGACCAACGCGAACCGAGAAAAGUUUGUGCGAGACUACAUCCACUGGCUCACUUACCGAUCAGUUGAGCCUCAACUCGAGGCCUUCCGAGAAGGCUUCCUUACCUGCCUCCACCCGAAGUCUCUCCACUUGUUCAGCGCCUCAUCCCUCAAAGCGCUUAUCGAAGGCACGCAAGAGAUCUCCAUCCCCGCCCUCAGAAAGGCGACGCACUACGAAGAAGGCUACUCCGCAACUCACCACACCAUCACCGACUUCUGGGACAUUGUGGAGAAGUACUCGGAUGAAGACAAGAGGCGCUUGCUUGAGUUUGUCACGGCCAGCGAGAGGGUGCCGGUGACGGGCUUCGAGAGCAUGAACUUUGUUAUCGUGAGGGCGGGCGAUGAUACCGAGAGGUUGCCGACGAGCUCGACCUGUUUUGGCAAGCUGGUGUUGCCCGAGUAUGCGAGCAAGGAGAAGUUGAAAACGAAGUUGGGCCUGGCGAUUCAGAAUUCGAAGGGCUUUGGCGUCGUGUGAGAGAGCCUUGGUUGUGCAGUACAUACACGCCUAUGUACGGUGCAGAGCGCCUUCUUGUAGUCCUUUUUUUUUUUUUUGGUUGGAGCUAGGUUUCGUUGCAUAGAUCUGCCAGGAACACGGUGCAAGCUUCUCGGCUCUCUUUGUUUUCCGGCUACACGUCAAGUGCAAUAGAUGAAGGUGCAUGAGAGAGGUUACUAGGGCUGGUUUUUAGACAGGCUUGCGGUUUCUCCUUCCUCGGCUUCUUGCCCUCGUGUAUGCGUCCAAGCGAACUUUUCCUCUUCCACAACACCUCCCACUAGUCAAACAGUCCUAAUUCUCCUCUAGCAGUAUUCGAAUCCCAGAUACAAGUUCACAGAACAUAUAGCAC